GAGGAUCGUGUGGAUUUCAUCAAUUACAUGCUCUAUCUGCAGGAAAAGAAAAAUCUACAAAUACCCGAAUUGACCGCGCACACAAUGACAUUCCUGUUGGAUGGUUUUGAGACAACUGCGAAUGUUUUGUCCCAUUGUUUGCUAUUGCUGGGUCGUGAUGCCGAUCGUCAGCAAAUUCUUCGUAAUGAAAUCCUUGAGAAAUUGGGUCCAAAUAAUGAUUUUGAUACAAUUAUGGAGUUGCCUUAUUUGGAUGCAUGUAUACAUGAAACCCUUCGCCUAUUCCCUCCCGGUGCCUUUUCGACAAAACUUUGCACUGAAUCGAUUGAAUUCGAAAAUAAAAAUGGUAAAAAAUUAAAAAUAAACGAAGGUACGACGGUGGUUCUGCCCAUACAAGCACUGCUAUUGGAUGAAGAUUACUAUGAAAAUGCUGCCAACUUUGUACCGGAACGUUUUCUAAAUGGUGGCUUAAAGAAAUAUAAGGAUCAAGGGUUGUACUUGGCAUUCGGUGAUGGACCACGUAUAUGUUUAGGUAUGCGUUUUGCAUUGACACAAAUAAAGGGAGCCCUGGUGGAGAUUGUUCGCAAUUUUGAAAUUCGCGUGAAUUCCAAAACACGCACUGACAACAGAUUGGAUCCAACAUAUUUUUUGAUGCGCCUGGAUGGUGGUAUAUGGUUGGAGUUUGAUAGCAUUAAUUAAGUUC